AUGCUCUCCUUGUCAACCCCACCCCUUCUCUACCUGAGUCUCCUCCUCUUUCUGUCGUAUCACUCCCUUGUUGUCUCCUGUCGGACUGGGAGCCGCAGUCAGUGUGAGUCCGCUCCCUUUGUGCCAGGCCACAACCUGGUGGGGGAGGGCUUUGAUGUGGUCACCCUGAAGCGUAAAGGAGCCUACAUGAUAGAUGUGAGGACCUAUCUCUCCCCAGAAGGCACCUGUACUCUCUACAAUAACCCUCUUCAAGGCGACCAGCUGCAGAAACUGCCGCUCUCUGCAGUGAACUGGCGUGCGUUCAGCCGAUGCAAUACUGCCAUCAAAAGCAGUGUACACACCUCUGUUAGCUCGUUGAUUGAAAGUAACACCAACCAGGACAGUAACGACUGGAAGAUUGGCCUAGGUUUAGAGAAGUAUGGGGCAUCAGUUGGCGUGGAGGUGGGAGGAACACGCUCCACUGCCUAUAAGUUUGCAUCAGAGAAGACCAAAGAGGACCAGUACUCCUUCAGCACUCACAGACUCACCUGCAGCCAUUAUCGUUACCGUGUGUCAAGCAAACCACCCCUCAGCUGUGAGUUUGGUAAGGUUGUGGCCAGCCUGCCAAUUCUCUACAACAACUCCACCAGGGCUCAGUACAGUCGGCUCAUAGAUACCUAUGGCACACACUACAUCCGCCAGGUUGACCUUGGGGGGCGAAUCAGGCGGGUCACAGCUGCACGUACCUGUUUGUCCUCACUGAAUGGGUUCACCUCAAAUGAGGUCCACGACUGCUUAUCAUUGGGUUUCUCUGUAGGCCUGGGGAUUGUGAAAGUAUCUCCUAAGAUUGGGACUUGCAACAAAGUCAUACAGAACAAGGGUUCCACUACCUUUUCCAGCUCUGGUCUACACCAACACUACACAGAGGUGACAGGAGGCACCGGUUGGUUGGGGGAGUUUUUAUUCUCUCAAAAUGACUCCACUCGUUACAGGAAAUGGCUGAAUACCCUUAAGGACCACCCGGAUAUUGUUUCAUACUCCCUUAGGCCAAUGUAUGAGCUGGUGCCAGAUGAGAAGAAGAAGGCAGGUGUGAAGGCUGCCAUAGAGCAAUACUUAAAAGACAAUGCCGUGAAGAAGUCAUCACCAGGUUGUGGGUCCAACUGCUGUCCUAAACAGGCCUGGAGGGGAACACUGGUGGUGACCAUCAUCAGAGGCUGGAAUCUGAAAGGAGAUAUAACUGGCAUAACUGAGAGCUAUGCUAAGAUAAGGCACGGUUCCCAAUCUUAUGAGACUCGUAUGAUCGAGUCAAACUACCCCCAGUGGAACGCCCAUUAUAAUCUGGGCAAGGUGGACACACAUUUGCAUUUGACGAUUGAGGUCUGGGACAAGGACUUUAAGAAUGAUGACCGUCUGGGAUCCUGUAUGAAGCAACUGAGCCAGGGGACACACAAAAUCACCUGUCCAGCCAAAAAAGGCGGCAUUGAAGUCAAGUACACUCUGACCUGCGACUCUUAUCUGACUGGAGACAAGUGCAACCGUUACAAACCAACUCCAUAGUGAGAAAUGCUGCUUGCUUUUCUUUGAAAUCAAACUGAAAUCACAUUUAAUAAUCCCUUUUUGUCAAAAUUAAUGUCAGUGGGGAAAUGCUCUUUUUUGUCUCAGCUGGGUGGAAGAGGCGUGUAUGUGUUUGAGUUUAAUUGACAGCAGCUGGCAGCCUACCAGAGUGUAAAGAACAUUAAACCCUUAUAAAACAAGGAGAGAUGUGAUGUACCAGGUUUUAAGCAAAUUGUUAUUUUCAACC